AUGCCUGUCUUUUGUCUGAAGGUUUCAGAGCUCACUGUGGGGUCAGAUACCGAGGUGCAGCGUCCUCCUGGAUGCAGCUCUGGUCUAGGCUGGCAGCAAGCAUCUGGGUGCGGAGGGCACGGCGGGUACCGCGGAGACCUGAAAACUCCGGAGCGGCCUGGGAAAGUCACAGUCAGCAGCGCGGUGGUGGGAACCGAAGCCCGGCGGCUCCAGGUGAAAGGAGCUGCGGGGCUGGGACCCAGGAGGGAGGGGACCCAGGGUCAUCUUCUGACUUUCUGGGAUGUAGCUGUAGACUUCUCCCAGGCAGAAUGGGAAUGCCUGGACUCUGCUCAGAGGGCUUUGUACAUUGAGGUGAUGAUGGAGAAUUACAGCAACCUUGUUUCUCUGGAGAACUGUUGCAAAUUUGAUCUUGUCCAUCAACAUGUGAAGACUGAAAAUGAUUCUUGUCAAUGUAAUGAGGUUGGCAAAAUGCUUCAGGAUCUCUUCACACGUGCACUUUAUAAAACAAGUGAAACUACAGAACACUGUAAUAAUUACAGAUUCUAUAAGCACAGGGAUGCCUCUAUUGACUCAUCAAACACAGAGAGACAUGAAAACAUACACAAUGGAGAAGAAUCUUACAAAUCUAAAGACUAUGAGAAAUUUUCAAAUUUGUGUUUCAGCAUUACUCAAGAUCAGAAAGUCUGCAAUGCAAAGAAAGAACACAGGCAGGGAGAACAUGAUGACUCUUUCAGCUCUGCGUACAGUCUUAUAAAACAUACAAUUUACACUGGAGAGAAACCACACUCAUAUGGGAAAUGCAGAAAAUGCUUUAGUACCUCCUCAAGCCUCACCAUACAUCAGAGAAUUUAUACUGGAAAGAAGCCCUACAAGUGCAACAUUUGUGAAAAAUCCUAUAACCAGAGUGCAAGUCUUAAAACCCAUCAAAGACUUCAUACUGGGGAGAAACCUUACAAAUGCAAAGAGUGUGGAAAAUCAUUUCGCCUGUUGGUCGUACUUAAAAACCAUCAGAAUGUGCAUACUGGAGAGAAGCCUUACAAAUGUAAGGACUGUGACAAAUCCUUUCCUGUGAAGUCAACUCUUACAAAGCAUCAGAGAAUACACACUGGAAAGAAACCCUAUAAGUGCAACAUUUGUGAUAAAUCCUUUAAUCAGUGUUCACAUCUUAAAACACAUGAAAGACUCCAUACUGGAGAAAAACCUUACAAAUGCAAAAAUUGUGGAAAGUUAUUUCAUGACUUAUCAGCACUUAAAAGCCAUCAGAAAAUGUAUACUGGAGAAAAGCCUUACAAAUGUAAGGACUGUGACAAAUCCUUUACUCUAAAGUCAACUCUUACAAAACAUGAGAGAAUUCAUACUGGAGAGAAACCCUACAAGUGUAAUGUUUGUGACAAAUUCUUUACACAAUGUUCAAGUCUUAAAACACAUCAAAGACUUCAUACUGGGGAAAAACCUUACAAGUGCAAAGAGUGUGGAAAGGCAUUUCCUCAGUUAUCAGCACUUAAUAGCCAUCAAAAAAUGCAUACAAACAAAAGGCAUGCUAGAGAGUAGCUUUAUACCUGCUAUGAGUGUGACAGAUGAAUAGCCACGGUUCAUCAUUUGGAAGGCAGCAGAAAAUUCAUUUUCUAGGGAAAUUAUACAAAUGGAAAGAA